CAGGUGGACAAGCUACUGUCGAUGCCGGCGGCGGCGCGGUUCGUGUCUGAACGGCAAGGACCUGGAGGGCGUACUUUGCGGUUUUUGCAGGGCCAUCACGCGCUUGAGUUAGCGAACCUUGUGUUUGGGUUCGACGGGUGGUCGUCCGAGGUGGGGAAGGCCGAGGUGGUUCCCGCGGAUUUUCUUGGAGAUCGGUCUGUGGCGCGACCGAAGAUGUUCGUGCGGUGUCACGUGCGUGUGGUGCUUGCUGAACACUUAGGUUCAGCCCACCGGGAGGAUACUGGGUACGGUUCCAGCUUCGACAAUGAUCCGUACAUGGCAUUCCAGAACGCGGCAAAGGAGGCCGUGACAAAUGGCUUGAAGCGCGCGCUCGCGCAAUUUGGAGAAAGCACAGGCGGGUGUUUUAAAGAUGCGGCUUAUUUGGGAUGGGCGAGGAAGGAGAGAGAGUCGCAGGGG